AUGGAUGAAAACCACUCGCUGUGGGCCAGGAUUUCAGAGGAGUGUGUGGUGCCUCUGGUCACAUAUGUUGAAGAAAAGAAGCAGCUGCUGAGGGCAGAGGACACAAAGACACACGUGAGGAAACAUGAGGAUGCAUGUGAGGACACACAGAAGGCGAUGGGAGGUGACAGGAGAAGAAAUGUACAACUACAGAGAAGAAGCAGCAAAGCAGUAAGAAGCAAAGAGCCGGGGACAAAAAGAGUAUGGGAUGCUGUAGAUACAGGCUGCUGUACACAAACAUACUCCUGUCACUCCUGUGCUGUUCGAGCUGCCCGGUGGUCAUCUUGUGGAAGAAGGAUCCUCAGCGGGGGCUUUGAUUCCAUGUUGCAUUUAACAGAUGUAGAAACAGGGAAGCAGAUAUUUAGCAGCAAAAAUGAUUUUAGGAUCAGCACACUGAAGUUCCACCCUACAGAGUCAAAUAUUUUCAUUUGUGGAGGGUUCAGUUCGGAAGUUAAAGCUUGGGAUAUAAGGACUUCUAAGGUGUUAAGGGUGUACAAAGCUGCAGUACAACAGACAUUGGAUAUACUCUUUCUCCCUGAAGGAAGAGAAUUUCUUACGAGCACAGAUGCAGUAAGCCGGGACUCAGCUGAUCGUACAAUUAUUGCAUGGGACUUCCAAAGUGCUGCGAAAAUCUCCAAUCAGAUUUUUCACGAGCGUUACACUUGCCCAAGUCUGGCUCUGCACCCAAAAGAAUCUGUGUUCAUUGCUCAGACAAAUGGGAACUACAUGGCUUUGUUUUCUGCCCAGCGACCUUACAGAAUCAACAAAAAGAAAAGAUAUGAAGGACACAAGGUGGAAGGUUUUGCAGUGGGCUGUGAAUUUUCUCCAGAUGGAACACUUCUGGUGACAGGAAGUUCAGAUGGCAAAGUGUUUUUCUACAACUAUCAUACUGCUGGGAUUAUUCGCACUUUGUCUGCACAUAAAGAAGCUUGUGUGAGUGCAGUAUUUCACCCAGUCUUGCCAUCGCUCCUUGCAACAUGUAGUUGGGCUGGAGAAAUCAAGAUCUGGCAAUAA